ACGUGUCCCAUCUUUUUGCUGGCCAAUGAUGAGUUAAUUUUCUGUGGCAACCUCUAGCAGUUGGGGGAGGUGUGUUUCUGGCAGUCAGGGUCUCUCCAGAAGCAGUUUCCUGUAUUUCUCAGUGCUGAGAAGAGUUACUGAGGGUUACAUAACAGAGCUCUUUGAUAUUUAAUCCAGUAUAGGCCUGACUGCAGACUUAUGUGAAGAUCUGAUGAAUUUGUGAUGCUAAUGUGUCUUCCAAAGCCAUAACUGGCAAAGGUAUAAAGCUGAUUUUAUCACACGUGGCUCUGCAUAAUCCUUAAAUGUAAUCAAAAGUAAAUGUAUUUGAGGAGUGGACCAUUCGCAUGUAAUCUGGUCUGUAAUGACUACAGCUAAUUGAAACAUCUGCACUGGGGCACCUAGCGGGAUAUAUAUUUCUUUCAGAGUUGAAGAUGAGGCAAUGUGUGACUUAUGCUUGGCUUCAACUAUCUCUUGACUGUAGUAUGAACUCAGCAACUUCAGUCAAAAUAUGAAGCAGCUGUUUGUGAGGGAAACAGAAGAGUUGACCUUUUUAUCUAUAUUUUAGCUACAGUCAAUGGCGUUUUAUCUAUGUCUUGAUUGUAACUGUCCGACAACUGGUAGUGGUUAUACUCGAUUAAGGCUUCAGAUGGCAAAAAGCCAUGAUUAUUCACACUGUAAAUGUACUGUAAUUUGUUGAAAAUACACACUUUUUUUUUUUUUAGUCACUGUAUCACAUAUGGAUUGCACAGCAAUCAUGUUCGAACUGGGAACAUCUAGGGCAAUCACAAUUCAGUAAGACUGUAAUUAGAAGAUGAUUGAAAACUAACUCAACUGCCUAGGAUUUAUAUUUAGCAGGAUAAAGUCUAUCGUAUCUCAAUUACAUACAAUAGAAAAAAAUAAAAAGUGUUCGCACUGAAUUUGCAAUGAGAUUUGGAACAAUCAAGAUUCUUCACACCACCAAUGGAUUAUAACUGCCACAUAAUUUAAAUAUUGCACCACGGUAGAUUACAAGGAAACUGGAAUAGUGAAAUCUGAUCUGGAUAUAGUGUUUGGAAAUAUUUUCUAAGAAGUAUUAAGUACCAAGAUUAUUCAUAUCACAUCUGGCUUGUAGUCAUCAAAAGUUUGGGGUGUUUAAUUGAAUUCAUUUAGUGCAUUUGAAUUUAAACGGCUGCAGAUUCCUUUUGAGAGAUUUCACUGGAUCUAAAUUACAAUUGAGAUGACUUUGGAGUGUUUGCAGUAGAUCUAUACUAAAAUUGGAAACGGCUGGUAUAAACGACAGCACAGCAGAUUUGAAAGCCAUAGGAAAAAAGUAACCGUUUUUGGAUAAACCUAAGAAUGUCUCGCUCAGACGAGGUAAACAGACUGGCAGAGAGUGUAUAUAAGGUUAUUCUUGACCAGUUCAAUCCUGGAUUGAAGAACUUUGUUGCAAUGGGGAAGACCUACGAAAAGGCACUCUCAGGGGUAACAGUGGCUGCAAAAGGCUAUUUUGAUGCCCUGGUGAAGUUAGGAGAAUUAGCCAGUGACAGUCAGGGUUCCAAGGAACUUGGUGACACACUGUUCCAGAUGGCUGAAGUUCACAGGCAGAUCCAAGUACAGCUGGAAGAAGCGCUGAAGCACUUCCAUUCAGAGCUGCUAACCCAAUUGGAGCACAAACUGGAGCUGGACAUCAAGUACCUGACGGCAACACUAAAAAAAUAUCAACAGGAAUAUCGCACAAAAUCAGAUUCCAUUGAUAAAUGGUCAUCAGAGUUGAAGAAGUUAAGAAAAAAAAGCCAAGGAAGCAAAAAUCCUCAAAAGUACAGUGACCGGGAAGUGCAGUACGUAGAACUGAUCAGCGGGAAGCAAACAGAGCUGGACCAGUUUGUUGCAGAAGGAUACAAGGCAGCCCUGACUGAGGAGAGACGGCGAUACUGUUUCCUAGUAGAUCGACAGUGUGCAGUUUCAAAGCACUUCAACACAUACCACAGCAAGGUGAAAGACAUGUUGGGCCAGAAACUGCAACUGUGGCAACAGUCGUGUUCUCAUCCAACCAAAUUACCUGAGAGAGUCAUGGCUCUGGUGAAGCAGACAGCGCACACAACAAAUGCCAUGGUCAUAUCAGAACCCACACCAUGCCCUAAACCAGUAGCUGUGCCAGCAGAGUUGGUUCCUCUCCUUGGAGGGGGAGGACUUGGCUUGAAUCCUCGUAUGUCUGUACAUGAAGUACUGCCGAUGGCUAAUGGUGAAGCGCACAAGGCAUCCACCCCAACAGUGACGGAACAAACAGCACAAUCCCAUCAGCCCCCACCUGCCACGACUGCACAUAUUUUAUUACCACAGCAGCCUACUUCAAAUGUAAAGCCCCCUGAGAUGUGUUCCAGUACUCUUCCAAUGCCCAGGAAAACUGCCUCAGAGAACCGCCUGUCAACUUUAGUUGAAAACAAGACUCUGCCACGAGUAUCUCCAUUGUCUGUGGUUCCGCCAAGGUUUGAGCGACACAAAGUGCAGGCUGUAUUUCCACAUGUUUCUGGAGAUAGCAGUACUCUGCUCAGCUUCAGUGAAGGUGAUAUCAUCCUACUGCUGGUCCCAGAGGCACGAGAUGGUUGGCAUUAUGGGGAGAACAUGCGUACCAAAAUGAAAGGCUGGUUUCCGUUUUCAUACACCCGCUCCCUUCAAGUACAGGAUAUUCUGGACAAGCCAAUCACACAGCUACAGAUGAUGAAGGCGAACAGUAGUAGUACAGGAAACCUAGAUACAGUUGGACCGCCGCCACCUAGUUUGGAACGUGGUACAGCAAGUCCUCAUCAUACACCAACGCUACGCACCAGUACAGUCCGACCGCGCCCUUACAGCAUGAUGAAUCCUGAUAUGUCCCAGUUAGCAAAUGAAUUCAACAACCCUUCACCAUCUCCUUCAAGGAGAAACCCCUUUGCUCAUAUCAAGUUGAAGAGAACAGUGACAAACGACCGCUCAGCACCUGUCCUCCAGUGACAGCUUGAUAGCUGUUGUCUUCCAUAUGCAUUGAAGUGACACAUGUUUCGGAUCCAUGGCAAACAAAUCAUUGGAGAAAAUUCACAGCCUUCACCUAUGUUUAGCCAAGGACUGCAACUGAGUUGCAAUAGUUUACAUUGUUUUCUCUGGGAUUGCAGUUUCUCAAUGUACAGAAAUAAGUCAGUGGGGGAUGCCACUUUUAUAUCACUAGUUGUGGCUUAUUUUGAGACAUGUGCCUUUUAUAGUGUUAUAUUUAACUCUGGAAGUAGUUGGCAAAAAGAUUUUGUUGUGUACUAAUUUCAUCUUCUGGCUCUACAUUUGUUCAAAUUUUGUUUCUAUGUUUGCCUUUCUCUGUCCUUUAUAUUCCUUGUUUUUCAGUUCGCUAAUGUACAAAUACUUUUUGUCUCAUUUUUCUCAUGAUCCAUUUCUUGCAUCGUGUCUGUCUUUUUUCACUCGUCUGUAUUUUUCUGUCUUUUCUUCCUGUCUUCCUUCUGUUCAUGUUGUUUCCUUUUAAAACAGGAACAAUGUAGCGUAUUUGCUUGUGUAGGAACUAUUUCUGUAAACGUUCUCUGUCUUAUACAUAAAUGGUUGUAUUUGAAAUUACUAUAUUUUACUGUAAGUAUUUUACUUGUAAAAGGUUUUUACAGACAGUCAGCUUCAUGCUGUAUUGUCUGAGUAGCAGUGCAUAAGCUGGUGAUUGGAAUGAUGGGAGAAGACCCUGAAUGGCGCCUUGUUCACAGCUUUAUCUACAAGGUGCUGUUAUCUCUCUGUGAACAUUUAUUUCUGAGCUGAAGUGAUUUAUAGUUGUAAUACUGUAUGUUGAUUGUGCUCCUCACCAUUUAAUGGAUGGGUUUGGCAUAAUGGUUAAGGUCAGCCAAUAGACACAACGUAUAGGAUUUGAUUCUGACCUCGGGUUCUUGGCUAGACUUAAAAUGGCCUUUGAGGACAUUUACCCUAGUAUUCACCUAUGAUCCUAUGAAUGUAUAAGCAGAUAAUGUCAGUUUGUGUCUCCUUUUAAGUCCCAUUAUAGGUCCAACGCCUGUCAUUUCUUUCAUAUAUGACUGCUGUAAACAACUUACUUCUGUUCUACAUUCAGUUCGUUUUCCAGUGUUUUCAUGUUUUUAAAUAAUAUACAUCUACUUCAUGAUCCUUCAUUAUCUGUAUACGCUCAAACUGAAAGUCCAUAGCUUCUGUCCUUAGCUUCAUCUUCACAUUCCAGAACAUAGUUCUCUAGUGGUUGCAAUCACUGCAUCACACUCUGCACCCAUAACUGGCCACAGCAGUCCCUAUGCAGUUUCUGCCUGUAAAUACCCAUGUUACUCUCGAUAAUCUAUCUGCAUUCCAGCCACGUGAACCACAUUGUUUUACUACAUUGACAGCCUAACAAUCACAUCACUCUCUAGAAUUGACCUAUUUCAUUAAUUACAUCACAAACUAAAGUUCUCUAUAUUGGUAUAGUGCUUCACACUCUGCAGCCUGCCUGCAUUUGUAAGUAUCUUUGUCACAUUUAACCCACCCUUGUUCCUUAUCACCCCUUUUACACUGUAGUUAAGUGCUUCUUUCACUUCGUAUGACCCAGUGUUCAAGAUUGCCUCUGUCAGAGUCUACAAUUCUUCUGUGUUCCAAAACGCACUACAGCUCAUCUUUACUCCUGACUCUCACUCUCACAUUCUACAAGUCAUCAUUAUUUCUAAACACCUGUGUCAUGCUCAGACUCUACAGUUCUUCUGUGUUCCAAAACGCACUACAGCUCAUCUUUACUCCUGACUCUCACUCUCACAUUCUACAAGUCAUCAUUAUUUCUAAACACCUGUGUCAUGCUCAGACUCUACAGUUCUUCUGUGUUCCAAAACGCACUACAGCUCAUCUUUACUCCUGACUCUCACUCUCACAUUCUACAAGUCAUCAUUAUUUCUAAACACCUGUGUCAUGCUCAGACUCUACAGUUCUUCUGUGUUCCAAAACGCACUACAGCUCAUCUUUACUCCUGACUCUCACUCUCACAUUCUACAAGUCAUCAUUAUUUCUAAACACCUGUGUCAUGCUCAGACUCUACAGUUCUUCUGUGUUCCAAAACGCACUACAGCUCAUCUUUACUCCUGACUCUCACUCUCACAUUCUACAAAUCAUCAUUAUUUCUAAACACCUGUGUCAUGCUGUACAGUCUGUGUGUGUUCCCAAGCACUCUGUCAUAGUAUACAGCUCAGAAAUCAGCAAAAAAACAAGAUACUUCCACAAAAACACGAAACGUCUACACAAAGAAGCUGGAGUAGCCCCUCUCCACUUAUGAUUUCUUACAAUAUUGAGACAAAGCCGCACAUAAUGAAAAUGAGACAUUAUUGUAGAGUAAAAACUGUUGGUUUUCGUCUUCUUACACCUUUCACAGCUUAAACAAGUAGCAAUCACAUUACUUUGGGCUUUGUCUAAAUAUUGUAUGAAAAGUAAGUGGUGAGGGGCUACUCCAGCUUCUUUGUAUAGUAUAUUCCUAAGCAUCUUUUUAGAUUGUACAGCCUGAGUUCCCAAGCACCCAUUUCAAACUCCCCGGUCCAUCUUUGUUACUAAGCACUGUGUUAUAUUCUUGAGUGUAUCAGAAUCCAUUCAAAGUGCUCUGUAGCAAUUUACACCUCAGGCCAGAGCAUCAUAUCACAUUUUGAAACCUAACCGUGAGCAUCAGGCCAGAGUAUCGUUAUCCCAAUC